GGGGUGGUGUUGAACGUUCUCCUCUACGGGAUUAUGAUAACCCAGACCUAUCUCUACUUUGCAGUGUAUAGACAUGACCGCGUUUGGAUCAAGUGUCUCGUAGGGCUUCUAUUCUUCGCCGAUACUCUGAAUACCGUGUUGUUAGUUCGACCUCCUUAUAAGCGGCCCUCUUACUCAUCACUUCACUUUACAGACAAUCCGGCAGAGCUGGGCAUUACAAACUGGGCAUCGAUACCAACAACAACCGGCUCUUUUACUGAAGUGGGCGGACUUGGAACCUCCAUCGCUUGUGGUAUCGUUACGGAAUUUCGACAGUUCCACAAAUUCCAGGCCAUUGUGAUUGCAUGGCUUGUUAGCGCAGCCGUCGCUGACGUUGCGAUUGCGACGGUGAUGGUUUUUCAUCUGCGUGCACACAGAACUGGAAUUCGCUCAACAGACGAUAUUAUCACGAGACUCUCUAGGAUGAUUGUGUCCACCGGUGCUAUCACAGCAAUGUGCGCCACGGCGGACCUUGUGGCAUUUCUCACCAGUACAUCUGGUCUUCAUCUCUUAUUCAACACGCCUCUGGCAAAACUGUAUACUAACUCACUGCUGUCCUCG